UCCUAAUCUGGCCUUAUCCACAUUACCUAAGCACCCCAUUACAUCAGCGGUCCAGCUGAUUUCUCCGCUUUCUUGCGCCAGCAGCUGUGAUAUCUGUGUACCCUGCAUCACUGCGCAGAGAACGCUGUGCUCUGUGAUAGCUCUCAUCCAGAGAACCACAGGGGACCGGAUGAUCAGCUCGUCCUACUGUUGCUCCGUCAAGGGGUAACAUUCCCAUGCCACCCAUGGAUUCCCUCCCGCAUAGCUCGGGCGGGAACCAUUAUCCCAGCAUUCCGACCCAUUCCCGCGCGCCCACUUCCCUGCGCUGCUGCUGUGGUCGGGAUGACUGUGCCCUGCUCGAACACAAUAAUGUUGCUCUCGAGGGCCUCGAGAAGGACCUUGAAACAGCCGCAAAAUUAGGUCAGGCCCUGCUCCAUCGCCAUGAAAGUUAUAUGGCUGAGGCGGAAGAAGACCGCCAGCGCUUGGUUGACAAUGUCGAUUUGCUUGAGCGCGAAAAGCGCGAAGUCCAAGCUGAAAAUGCGCGUAUCAUCGAGGAAAACCGCAGCCUUCUUGAACAGCUUGAUGGAUUGAAUAAGAAUGUCGCCGAGUCGGACGAUCAUAUUCAAUCGCUGACUCUCACCUUGGAAAGGACGCAGGCUGAGCUGCGCAGGUUGACUGUUGCUGCAUCGCGCGCUGGAGAGCUCGAGAUGCAGUUGGCUAUUAUUGAAAGCGAACAGUCGAAACUACAGGAAAGCCUCAUAUCUGCCCAGGAGGAUGAGAAGUCCGCCGUGCAGCGUUGGCGCAAUGCCGAGAAUACGUUGCGUGGUCUUAACGACCAGGUCGAGCGCAUUGAGACCGAGGCUCGGCAGGAACGUGAACGCCACGAGGAAAUCGUUCAGCGGAUGGAGCGCAAGCGCAACGUGGAACGGGAGCUUGAUAAUGCUGCUAUUCGAUUGAAAGGUGCCGCCGCAGCCUCCGAACUUGGCCGUCACUCUGGUACGAAUGUGGUUUCACGCUUUGUCAAGGAUAUAUUGGAAGACAAUGCGCACCUACAGGUCGGUAUCACCGAGCUGCGUGAGAUGCUUGAGAGCUCCAACCAGGAAGUGCAGAACCUGCGGGAUCAGAUCCUCUAUCACCAGCCGCUGGACGGCGUGGAUGAAGAGGGAAAUAGCGAAUCCACUAUAACUGCGACACUGUCCGAAGAACUUGAGGCAAAAGAACGUCGUGUCUCGCAAGAAUUCCACAUCCACCACCAUUACCACACCCCAACAUCGUCGCGCAAGGACAAGGGCUCUCUCAAUCGUCGUGUUAAAAAGAAACGGCCUGCCCUGGGAAGUCCUGUCGCAAUGCACUCUGCCAUUGGAACUCACUCCCCUCGGCGGUCUAUCCAUCGCUCCCAGUCAUCGGGAUCGUCCAUGAAUACUAUUCUAUCACACACUUCCGUCUCUAUCCCACCGCCCGCCUCACGUCGAUGGUCACUCCAGUCACCUCCAGCAGAUUCAUUGGCCAGCUCUCCGCGAUCUGCGUUCCGUACCUCCUCCAUAUUUGAUCGACCUGAGCGUGGCUACGAUUUCUCUCAACCGACCAGCCCCGAUAGCACCGUCUUCUCCUCCCCUCUCAUGGAGCACCAUACCAAGGGCUUUGAUUUGCCCACCAGGUCUAUGGGUGGGUUCGACGAUUUUGAUCAACUGCCCAUGAACGACUCUUCUGGCUACUUCAACGAGGACCAUUACGACCGACCCGGCUUCUUGGACCUAUGCGAUGGCGCCAAAGCUCACCCCGCCAUUCCAGAAGAAUCAGAACCCUCAUCAUCUGUACUAUACUCUCAGUCUAUCACAAACGACCCGUCGGCCACCUCAGAGGAUAUCACGGGCUUGAAUAUGCCAUACACACCGUCUCUUCGCAAGUCGGCGUCCCACGACAGCCUCCUCUCUGUAGCUGGCAUGGACAUCCACACUCCAAUCAACCGUCAAGCCCGUAUGGGUGUUUGGCAUCCGGGCAUCCGGAUUCCCCAACGCCUCAUGUCUCCUAGCGUUGAGCUAGUAUCCACACCCCCGAUCAUAUCGGCCCCCACCAUCACAGCCGAUCGAGCCAAGGUUCACGGGGCAUCAUCUCGCUCUCUCCUUGCCUCUGUGGCCGCAAGUGCAGGGAACAGCCUUCCGUCGGACUCUGCAUCAGUCGUCUCAGCAGGAAGUUCCAGCACUGCCUCCACCGCAACACCGGGCUCUCGCAAGUCUUCCGCUUUGGGCCGCUGGGUCUUAGGCCGCUGGGGCAUGGCUGCUGUCCCAGAGACUAGGGAUCCCGAGUGCGAAGACCGCAUUGCUGCGAUUGAAUCGGCCUUGGUCCCAGACCCUCCAACGCCAGAGUCAACGCCUAUGCUCCAACCUCCCAAGGCGCCAGCUCCAGAUCUUACUUCAUCACUGCGCUUCAGGUUCCCGGGUGUAAACCAAAAGGGUUUAAUCAUGGGUCUCCGCCCUCCACCCCCAGCCCCAAUCGUCGUUCAAGUAGAGGGAAUUGAUGAGAGUCUCUUGCAAGAGAGUCUUGCUGAGAGCGGCGAUAACAGCUGA